UGCGAUAUAGUUAUAAUAGCGUAUAGUCUUUGUUUAGUUUUUGAAUGAUAGUACAAUAUAAUGUGUAAAUCCCAAUGUAAUAUCUAAUCGAAUUCCAAUAAAACAAUCAUCCGUUAUAAUUGUUGAUAAGAUUCGCGAUACGACGCAUUUAUAAUUGUUCCAAGAUUCGUACGUGAAGACUUUGUUUUAAUAGUGUAAACAAAUAUGGGCAUUGGACAAUCGUAUCCAGGUUUAACAGAAGAUGUUUUGGAAGAUUAUACGACGUUAACAUAUUUAAAUAAAGGAGAAAUUCUAUAUUUAAUGAAAAAGUUUUAUUCAAUCGAUCCGGAUAAAAUUCGAGAAAAUUAUCACCACAGAUUUGAAAAAGACGUUAUCAUUAAGAAAUUCGAUGUUUUACAGAAUAACCCGUUCCAAGAUCGCAUAUUCCACGUAUUCUCAUCUAACAAUGAUGAUUGUUUCUCAUUUGAAGACAUGUUAGAUCUGUGCUCGGCGAUGAGUUCCGAGUGUCCUACAGAGGUGAAGGCGGCUUGGGCUUUCAGAAUUUUCGAUUUGGAUGAAGAUGGUCAAAUUUCAAUGAGAGAUAUAAGUGAAAUUAUCGACCGUUUGACGGGAUGCUCGAAGGACCGUUUUUACCAACUCGACGACGAAUCAAAAACGAAGAUUGCUCACGUUAUACUGGACGAAAUUAAGCUGUACAACACUGGCGGUAUUGGUCUAAACGAGUUCAAAAUCAUCAUGACCCGAAUCCCUGAAUUUCACUCGUCUUUUUACUUUAGAGUAUAGAAUGCUAUACAUGUUAAUAUUACAUUUAUUUAUUACAUAAAA